AUGUUUUCAGAAUUGACAUUCAACACGGUCAUGAGAAUGAUGACAGGGAAACGAUACUUUGGUGAUGAUUGUGAUGUGAGUGAUGUUGAGGAAGCAAGGUUGUUUAGAGAGAUAAUGAAAGAGAUUACGAGUAUAGGAGGAGCAACCAACGUUAGUGAUUUUUUAGGGUUUUUAAGGUGGUUUGAUUUUGAUGGUUUGGAGAAGAGUCUUAAAAGGAUAAGUAAGAGAGUAGAUUCAUUUUUACAAAGACUCAUUGAUGAACAUAGAUUUGGAAAUAGGAACACUAAUACUAUGUUAGAUCAUCUCUUAAAACAGCAGCAGUCACAACCUGAAUAUUACACAGAUCAAAUCAUCAAAGGACUUAUUAUGGUUAUGCUUAUUGCAGGAACUGAUACAUCAGCUAUAACUUUAGAAUGGGCUAUGGCCAAUUUAUUAAAUAAUCCAAAUAUAUUAAAGAAGGCAAAAGAUGAGUUCGACACCCACAUGGGACAAGACUACUUCAUAGAUGAACAUGAUAUUUCAAAACUUUCUUAUCUUCAAAAUAUUGUUUAUGAGACUCUUCGAUUACAUCUAGCUGCUCCACUAUUAUUGCCUCAUUUUUCUUCAGAAGAUUUUACAAUUGAAAAAUAUAAUAUCCCACAAAACACAAUUUUAAUGGUCAAUGCAUGGGCCAUUCAUAGAGAUCCAAAUUUGUGGACUGAUCCUAUAUGUUUUAAGCCUGAGAGAUUUGAGAAAGAAGGUGAGAUAAAUAAACUAAUUUCAUUUGGAAUGGGAAGAAGGGCUUGUCCAGGAGAAAAUUUGGCUCAUCGCACAGUGAGUUUGACUUUAGGCUUAUUGAUUCAGUGUUUUGAGUGGAAACAUAUAGGUAAAGAAAAAAUUGACAUGGGCGAAAAAAAAGGAAUUACUAUGGGAAAAGAGAUUUCCUUAAAAGCAAUGUGCAAAUUGCGUCAUCCAAUGAUGAUUAAAAAUGCUUUCUAA